AAUCACCUUCUCUUUUUCCCUCCAAUUUGUCUCAAAAAGCAAAGAAAAAAGAAAUGGAGAUCUCAAAAAAGCUUUCAGCCUUUGUUGUGUUCAUGGUUUUAGCCAUGGCUCAUUGUUCAUUGGCCCAAAAUUUGCCUCAGGAUAUCGUUUUAUCCCACAACAACGCCCGUGCACAAGUUGGGGUCCUACUCCCACCACUAACAUGGAACGACACACUUGCUGCCUAUGCCAAUCAAUAUGCAUCCACCAGAUUAGCUGAAUGCACUUUGGUGCAUUCAGAUUCACCCUAUGGUGAAAAUCUUGCCAUGGGCUACGGCGACUUUUCGGCAGUGGAGGCCAUUACCAUGUGGGUCGGAGAGAAACCAAACUACGACUAUGACUCCAACUCCUGCAAACAAGAUAUGUGCGGGCACUAUACUCAAGUGAUCUGGAAAAACACCCUUCAGGUUGGAUGUGCAAGACUGAAAUGUGAUAAUGGUGAUGCAUGGUUUGUGUCAUGCAACUAUUAUCCCCCUGGAAAUUACAUCGGCGAGAAACCUUAUUAAUUAAGUAAUUAAUUGAGAUGCAUGGCUUCAGUAAUUUUAUAGUAAUUGCAUUACUUUCAUUCCAUGUAAGUCUAAGUUUAUAUAAUAUAUGUGAGGUUCCAAUUUCGGCUUGUAAUAUGGGAAGUUUCCCCUUUUAUGUAAUUUUUUGAUGAUAAUGGAAUUGCGCAGUUUCAAUUUAAAAAAAGUACUUUGUUAUUCACUCUUAUAAUUGUAGACACCUAAUUCUGUCUCUCCCGAAAACUCAAAUUACAUAUUUUUAUCCCUGUCUUACCACGUGCCUUCACCUGUAUGAUUAUAUUCCAUAAAAAUGCAAAAAUAAUAAACCCACUAACAAACCUAAUCCCCAAUUAUUCUUUUGUAACAAAAUUAACCAACUCUCCUAUCAAUUUUGGACAACACGUCACUACCCCAUGCCCCCAUACCCUACCCAAUACCCACCCUCACCUCAUAUGUACACACAUACACACAAAAACAAAUUGGACCUCAGCAUACACGAAAAAAAAAAGCACGAUCAGUAACAAAACAAAAAAAAAAGAAAGAGAACAUUCAGCAUCAUCUCCUUCACCUCAAAAAGCUCCAUUUUCGUCACACACAGAAUAGAGGAGGAGAAAGGGAAUAAUUUCCAAGAGGGGCCCACAGUAAAAGAAAGAGGACCAUUUUUUCUUGGCUUCUUUUUGAAUUACCCAGAGUACAUCUUCUCCAUUGUUUUCUCUAUCACAUACACAACACCAAUAUCAGCAAACAAACAACCAGCGAACACCGACCAAUAAUCCAACAACCAAUACACAACCCGAACCACCAGCCACCGUCGAAUCACAUAAACCGACCCAACCGACCUGAAUUCGACCCGCAACCCAUGACCCGAACUAGCAUAUUGGCUCAACAGCCCGAGAACCUUCUAGAAAACAGCAAUACACGGAUCGCUCCAUGAGGAACUGAUAUACGACACAAACGCACACACGCACAGAUCAGGAGAAAGGAAAGAAGAUUGAGUGAUAGAGAGGGGGUUUGAGAGAGAAAUCGACAAGAGAGGGGAAAAUUAUGAGAGAGAGCUGCGAGAGAGAGAGCUGCGAGAGAGAGAGAGAGCUGCGAGGGAGAAGUCGGGGUUAACAUUUUCGCCGAGCUGAUCACCGUAAAAACACUCGCUGUCACCGAAAUACGACCCUCUUCCAUCAGUUUUGCCGCCGUCUGUAUUCUGGAGUUCCGGCCAUACAUCUUUUUCUUGGUUUUUCUUGUAAAAUUUGGAUAUUUGUUGGUUCACUGCUCUUGGCGAAUUUUUGUUCGUAUAUUGUCUGUUCUGAGUUAUUUUAUCUUGGGGUCAUUGAAAGAUGGUAAAAGGGAUGCAUACUGGAGCUGGGGGUUUGAGUUGAGGUUUCGAAUCGAGAUUCUUCAGCACGCGGAUUCUUCCUCUCGAUUGACUGAUAUUCGGAAUAAAAUCAUCAUUGAGGUCCAUUUCUACUCCUUUCUUUUUUUUUUAUUUUCAUUGUUGAUGGAAUAUGGUGUAUUGGAUGGAAUCCGUGUGAUGUUUGAUCUUGAUUAGUGAUGAAUUGCUACUUCGAUAUUGACUUGUUGCUUAAUUUCAUUGAAAUAGAAAUCAUGAAUUGAAAAAAUUAGAGUUAAAAGGGAAUUUGGGGGUGAGAAUUGAAAACUUGAUAUAAUUGGUGAAUUUUGGUUAGCUUGAUUCAUGAGUUGUUUGACUUGAAAUGAACUUUAAUUGAUCUUGGUAGUAUUAUGAUACGUCGAUUGGUUUAGGCAAACAUAGAUUGGGUAGGCAAAAUUUAGGAAUGGUGUUUCCAUUGAAUGUUUGGUUGCGCGUUUGUGGAAUGUCUUCUAGUUUAUUGCAUUGGAUUCAAGUGUAUUCAUUUGUCCGGGGAAUGCCCCGAGGUUUCAUGUAUUUAUUCACCGGGGAAUGCCCCAAGGUUUCAAUGUAUUUAUUCACCGGGGAAUGCCCCCCGUAAUAUUAUGUUGGCGGAAGAUGAUCGAGAUGAAGGUCCGAGGCAUCGGGUGAAGCAUUGGAGCUUAGUCUAGAUUUAGUUUAGAACAAGGUUUAUAUUUUGGUAUUUUUUUUCUAUCUUUGGACUGUAUGAUUGGACUGGGACUUUACAUUUUGGAUUGUUUUGUUUUGUUUAUUGUUUGAUUAUUUUGCGUGCUUUUGUGUGGU